GCGCGCAGAGUGAUGACGUCACACUCUUCUCCUGACUGACGACAACAAACAUGGAGGAAUAUGCCCGUGAACCUUGUCCCUGGAGGAUAGUCGAUGACUGUGGAGGGGCGUUCACCAUGGGUACAAUCGGAGGAGGGGUGUUCCAGGCCAUCAAGGGCUUUCGUAAUGCCCCUGCAGGCGUGAGACACCGACUCAGAGGAAGCGCAAACGCAGUGAGAAUACGAGCCCCACAGAUCGGAGGUAGCUUUGCUAUAUGGGGGGGCCUCUUCUCCACUAUUGAUUGUGGUUUAGUCCGUCUCAGAGGGAAAGAGGAUCCUUGGAACUCCAUAUCAAGCGGCGCACUGACUGGAGCAAUCCUAGCAGCACGCAGUGGGCCGUUAACCAUGGUGGGCUCUGCCAUGAUGGGAGGAAUUCUGCUCGCUCUCAUUGAAGGAUUUGGAAUCCUCCUAACCAGAUAUACAGCGCAGCAGUUUCAGAACCCUAUCCCCUUUGCAGAGGAUCAGUUACCUCCGAAGGAUGGUGGUCAGCAGCAGCAGCAGCAAUGAGGGGAGAGAGGGGGGGCAGUUUGUGUAGAGAGCAGCAUGGACUGAGGCCAGAAGGGAGGACACCAGACACCACAGCAGGUAUCAGGAGGAACAGGAGGUGAAGACACGGGUCCUGUUUGUGGUGUCACACUUGCACUAUGUGAAUUAACCUCAGGGGCAAAUAAUUGUGUGUUUUAGUUAUUUAUAAAGUGAAUGUUUUUAUGUCAAUAAGGAUCCUUACACACUUCAUUAUUGCACCUUCAGGAUCUCAUACUACAUUUAUUUUAAUGUUACCCUUAGACCAUGUUCAUGUUAAAGACAGAUGGUGUUUAUAUUGUUCAACUGGAAGUACUAUACAUUGGGUGAUGGGACUAGCAACCAAGCUUAGUAACCUACCAUCACUACCACGUGGCCCGUUUGGGUUGAAUAUGCAAUCCUGAAAUGUAUACAUAAAGUCAAUUUUAUUAUUCAGCUUUUAAAACAUCUAACUAUAAAAGGAUAUUUUGAGACAUUGUGGAAUUUACUUAUGUGAGUUAGAUGAGAAGCUAGAUUUGCACUAAGGCUAAGAUAAGGGGGAAUAGUUGGCCUAGAUCUUACCAAAGAAAAUGAAUCUCUUGAUGUUUAGUUUGUCAAAACUACACUGUGUGUGUUUUUACCAAAAGUUUAAGCUAGAAGCUUUAACUUCUAUCUUAUCAGACAGGAGAAAGCAGGUAUUUUACAAGUUUGCGAAUUAUUAAGUAUGCACAUAUAAAGUAGUGAAGCUUGACUUCAAAAUAUUUAUGAUUUUCAUGUUUUUUAUUUAAAUAAAUGUCUGUUUGGUCUCUAGUGGUGAUUGAGCCAAUAGCUCACUGAUGAAAAGUUCUAUAUAUGAAGGUUUAUAAAGUAGGAACUGGUGGUGACAUUCCUUAGAUGAAGAACCUUCCUCUCACUCAAGUCUGAAAUAGAUUUUGUGUGUCUUUGAUCUAUGCAGGCUUCAUAAGUUCACUGUUAUUCUGGCUAAAUCAAAGAAAACUAAUGACUUCUAACAAUGAAACUUCUAAGUGCUGAUCCAAAGAAGAAAAACAAAUUUGACAUUUAGAUGAGAUCCAAACAAUCGUAAAAGAAAAGCAACUCUCAGCGAGUAAAAACCUGAGUUAGCUGCAGUUCACUCUCUUUACCACUAAAGGAAAGAAAAGAGAUCUGCAAAAGGAUCACACUCAUUUGAAAAAUAAGCUGUGACUUUACAGCAUAAUGUUGUCCAGUGAAAGUUUUACCAUGGAAAGGAGUGUGAGAAAAUGCUUUUAAGUCAUCGGUGUCCAUCAGAUGUGACAAUCAACACAAAAGAAUGUGUCCUUAAAA